CCCACUGACUCGGCUUUACUCUGGAAAACCAGACAAACUGUCUCUUUGGCUUCAGGACAUUUUACUCCUCUGUGAACCGUCUCUUCGACUUUCAGAUGAUGACGUGACCUCGGAGCUGCAGAGCGGUGGCCGCCUCAGCUGUCAGUGAUGGAGGACGUCUGGUCUGUGGCCGUGGGAGUUUUCCAGGUGUGGAUGUUUGUGGUGGUCUUCUUCAUCAUGCUGCCUGCCAUGUUUGGCCUCUCCCUGGGGGUCACCGGAGUCUACAUCCAGAUCCUGGUCAAAAUCCUGGAGUGGGCCACGCUACGAAUCCAGAGAGGACGGCAGGAGCAGCCCAGCGUGCCUGUCCCUCUGCCCAACGGGAUCAUCGAGCGAGCGGGGGGCUCGAUGGAGGAGGAGAUGGGGCAGCUGCGGAGCUCUCGCUCUCUGGUGGGGGGCGAGUUUUCUCUGAGCGACGCCUUCUAUUUCUACAAGAAGGGUCUGGAGAGCAUCGCGGACGAUCAGGUGACCCAGCGCUUCUCCUCCGAGGAGCUGGCUUCCUGGAACCUCCUCACCCGCACCAACCAGAACUUCCGCUACAUCAGCCUCCGCCUCACCGUCAUCUGGGGUGUCGGCGUCUUCAUACGGUACUGCGUCCUCUUCCCCCUCAGGAUCACUCUGGCCAUCAUCGGCCUGUCGUGGCUCGUGAUUGGGACGACGCUGGUUGGGUUUUUACCUGAGAGCAGUGCGAAGAACUGGCUGAGUGAAGUGGUCCAUCUGACUUGCUACAGGAUCUGCGCCAGAGGACUGUCAGCCACCGUCCACUACCACAACAAAGAGAACAGACCUCAGAAAGGAGGAAUCUGUGUUGCUAAUCACACCACACCCAUCGAUGUGGUGAUUCUGGCCAAUGACGGCUGCUACGCCAUGGUGGGUCAGAUCCACGGUGGUCUGAUGGGGGUCAUCCAGAGGUCGAUGGUCAGGUCCUGUCCUCACGUUUGGUUCGAGAGGUCGGAGAUGAAAGACCGCCACGCUGUGACCAGCAGGCUCAGAGCGCACGUCGCCGCAAGGACCAAACUACCCAUCCUCAUCUUCCCUGAAGGAACUUGUAUCAACAACACGUCGGUCAUGAUGUUUAAGAAGGGAAGCUUCGAGAUCGGAGGGACCAUUUACCCCGUCGCAAUAAAGUACGACCCUCGCUUCGGUGACGCCUUCUGGAACAGCGGGAAAUUCAACAUGGUCAGUUACCUGCUGCGGAUGAUGACCAGCUGGGCCAUCGUGGUCAACGUGUGGUACCUGCCCCCCAUGACCAUACAGGACGGUGAAGAUGCAGCUCAGUUUGCCAACAGAGUGAAAUCUGCCAUCGCUCACCAGGGGGGGCUGCUGGACCUGGCCUGGGACGGAGGACUGAAGAGAGGGAAGGUGAAGGACUCGUUUAAAGAGGAGCAGCAGAAGAUGUACAGCAGCAUCAUCGUAGGACACAACAUGAGCUCCACAAACACAGAGGAGGAGUGACAUCAUCACCAUCAUCAUCAUCAUCGUCAUCAUCACUGUGAUGUGUGAACGCCGCAUAUCCAGAAAGGAAGCCAGGAAGCCUCAGAUACAGCAACUGAUCAUCAAUCAAUCAAUCGAUCAAUAAGAGACUGUAUCAACUCUUAAAGUCUUAUUCUACAUUUUUAUAACAUUUUAUCCAAAGCCCAGCAGCUCUGUGUGUGUGUGUGUGUGUGUGUGUGUGUGUGUGUGUGUGUGUGUGUGUGUGUGUGUGUGUGUGUAGUGGUGCACUUGCACCAGCAGGAGGCAGUGUAACACAACACAAUAUGAACUGUUGGUUUCUUCAGCUGUGAUCAAUAUUCUGUUAUUAUCUGUCAGUGUGUGUGUUUUAUAAACCAGACGGACUCAGACUGAAGAUGUGUCUUUAAAAGAUCCACACACACACACACACACACACACACACACAGUUCCACCUCACCUCCAUCUAUUUAUUUUGAUUUAAUCUAACGAGGCUAAAGAAUGAGACUUCACAGUCAAACACUUUACAACAUCCAUUAAUGAGUAUUUUCAUUAUUGAUAAAUCUGCAGAUGAUUCUCUCAAUGGAUUGAUCAGCUGUUUGAUCAGAAAAUGUCUAAAAGAAAAUAUCCAUCACUCUUUUUUGAUCAACAGCUGAAAGUUCAGUUUCAUCUAAAACACAAAACAAAAGCGUCAGUGAAGGAGCCAUUAAUUAAUCAAUUAUCACAUUAGUUAGUGAUUAUUCUUCUGUUGACUGAUCAGUGAUUGUUUCAGCUCCAACAUCAGCUCCAUGUAAUAUACAGAGGUCACAGUGAGCGUACACAGAGUAAAAAUAAGACCAUAAUAAUAACACAAGUAAGAAGUUAAAAAAUCACUUUUAGUAAAUAAGGAGAAUAAAAAGAUAAAACUAUUCAAUGCUUGAAAACUGUUCAAUAAGUGUUCAAUAAGUGUUCAAUAAGUGCUCACCUGUAAAUCAUUAAAUCACAUCAUGUAUCAGAAGCUUCA